UGUAAACUGAUAGUCGAUAAAUAAAUCUAGCAACAUGGAUUCAGAACAGGAUGUUAAAGCCCGUGUCCUGUACUUGUUAAGAGCGGGUCUUACCCACAGUGCUCAGACACUAGCACUUGAGGGUGUAAGAAGGUAUCCUGCAGAUAAUGUCUUUCGGAUGUACAAUGGAUGGUCACUUGCCCUUGGUGGCAGACCGCAAGAGGCCAUAAGGGAACUUGACUCACUUUCCUCUGACAAAGACAUUUCACUUGGCAUAAUUGUGUCACUCUUACACGCUCACAAAUUGUGCUCGACAGUCGACCAUGAGGCCGUAUCUAGUUUGGACUCCCGACUUAAGGAGGAAAGAAGGUCAGCGAAUGAGAUGCCACUUUAUCAUGCCGCUUAUUUUUUCUGCCUUGCUGGGCGAGCAGAAAGGGCAAAAGAAUACGCUGACAGAUUACUAAAGGGAAGUCCGCAGUCGUAUUGGGGCCUGACAGUGAGAGGCUGGAUUGAACUCAGUCUGUUACGUGAUACGAAAGAUGACAAGCCUCCAGAGACUCGAGCCAAGGCCGCAGGGGACUUCUUUUCCAGAGCUCUCGACCAAAACAAAGGCCACACCGAUGCCGCCUUUGGUGGAGUGCGCGCCAGAGAGUACAUGGGGGAUCACGCUGGCGCCAUGGCCGUCCUCAAUCAGAUGAUAGUUCGCUUCCCGAGCGCCACACCGCCUCUCAUGGAGAAGAUGCGGAACCAGCUAGCACAGCGAGACUGGGGGCAGGCCUCGGACUCCGCGGCCAGGGCCUUGGCCAUCGACACCAACAGCUUGGAUGCUCUGCAGAUCAAUGCCCUCGUCCUUCUCUGUCGCGAUGGCGACUACGAGGAAGCAGCGCAAGCAAUUCGCCGCUUCGGAGACGCCAUGGAGAAGAUCGAGCCCAAGAACACCCAGCUCUACCUGGAAAACGCCCAACUGUUCUCCUGCGUGUGCGGCCGCAACCCCGUGGUGCUGGCCGAGACGUACCGCCUGGCGGAGCGCGCGGCGCGGGCGGACCCCGGCGGCGCGGCGAGCACCCAGGAGCUGGGCAUGCAGUGCCUGCUGGCGGGGAGGCUGCGGGACGCCGCCAAGCACUACCGGGCCGCCACUCGCGCGGACGAGAGCUCCGUCGGUGCGCUGGUCGGGCUGACGGCCACCCUCCUGGCGGACGACGGCACCGCGGCCACCGCGGCAGCGCCGGGAGACCGCGACCAGGCCCGCCAGCAGGUCGAGUUCCUGCAGGAAGUGCAGGGCGCCAACCCCAGCGCCAACGUGCUGCUCAUGGCGGCCAGGCUGUCCGCCGGGGACUCGGAGCGCGCGCUCAAGCUGCUGGACCGCGGCGUGGAGGCGCACCUCAAGCUGCUGCACGGCGAGCCCUUCGGCACGGCGUACCUGCGCACCCUCAACCCCGACAUGCUGCUGCAGGUGGCCCGCGAGUACCAGCGCCACGCCCCCGACACGGCCUCGGCCCUGGGCGACGACUCGGGGCUCAGCGUGCCCACCCCGUCCGCCCUCAAGCAGUGCUCGGCCGUGCUGGAGUUGGUGCGCGAGGCCUGCCCCGGGCUGCUGCCGGCCCACCUGUCCCUGGCGAGGACGCAGCUCAUGGCGGCCGACGUGCGCGCGGCGCACGCCACGCUGCGACACGUGCUGGACAACGUGGACGCCACUUCGGCCGACGGGCACCUGUUGCUCGCGCAGGCCCAGCUACGGCAGGGCAACGCUGCCGCCGCAGCUCAGAGCCUCGAGGUGGCCGUGAGCUACAACUUCGCGGUGCGCGAACGGCCUCUGUUCCACCUGCUGUCCGCGCUCGUGCAGCGCGCGCGCGGUGACCUGGACGAGUCCCUCAAGAGCCUGUCGGCGGCCCAGGCGCUGUCUGGCCUGCGUCCCGGCAGCGGCAAGGGCGGCGGUGGCGGCGCGGGCGCGCUGGGCGGCACGCUGUCGCGCUCCGAGCAGGCCACCGUGCUGCUGGAACUGGCCGGCCUGCACCAGCAGCAGGGCCGCUGGCCCGAAGCCAUGCUCGCCCUGCACGACGCGGCGGAGCGCUUCCGGGACACGCCCGAGGAGGGCCGCGUGGCCAUGACGCACGCCGACGUGCUGCUGGCGAGGGGCGACGCCGGCGACGCGACGGCCGCGCUCGCCGUGCUGGCCUCUGUGCGGCCCUCGCAGACCUACUACCUCCAGGCCCGCCACAAAAUGGCGCACGUGCACCUGCGUGUGCGGAAGGACCGACGAGCCUACACGGAGGUGUUCCGCCAGCUGGUGGACGAGGACCCCAGCCCGCACAGCCUGGUGCUUCUGGGCGACGCGUACAUGGCCGUGCAGGAGCCCGAGAAGGCCAUCGAGACGUACGAGUUGGCGCUGCGCAAGAGCCCGCCGAACCGCAACCCGGGUCUGGCCUGCAAGACGGGGCGCGCGUUGGUGCAGACGCACCAGUACGGCAAGGCGCUCAACUACUACCGCGAGGCGCUGCGCGGCGACCAGGACCCACAGCUGCGCCUCGACAUGGCGCUGCUGUGCCUCAAGCUGGGCCAGCUCGACAAGGCGGACGCCACGCUGACGCAGGAGCUGUCGUCGAAGGAGGCAUCCCCCAACGACGCCGAGGCGCUGGCCGUGCGAGUGCGGAUGCACGAGCUGCAGGCACGCGUCCGCGAGCGCACUGGAGGCGGUGCGGGGACGGCGGCCGGCGUGCAGGCCGCGCUGGCCUGCCUGCAGGAGGCGCGGGCCACGCAGUCGCGCGUGCUCAAGCUGGUGGCGGCGCGGGAGGGCGAGAACAGCGCCGCCGUCCUGGAGCAGCGCGCCGUGGGCGCACGCCUGUGCCGCCAGAUGGCGCUGCACGCCGCCUCGACGCGUGACCACGCCGCCGCCGUGCGCUUCUACCGCGAGGCCCUAGUCCUGCACGCGCCGCCCGACACGGAGCAGCAGGGGCAGCCCUCCGCGGACUACAGCGACACCCUCAUCGCCCUCGCCAAGCUGUACAUGCAGGUGGGCGACCUAGAGCAGUGCCAGGCGACGUGCCAGACGCUGCUGCUCGCCGCCCCGGAGCACGACGCGGCCACCGUCAUGAUGGCGGACUUGGCGUUCCGCCGCGUGGACCUGGAGGGCGCCUGGCAGCACUUCUCCGCGCUGCUGCAGCGGCGCCCGGCCUACUGGACCGCGCUGGCCAGGCUGGUGGAGGUGUCCCGGCGCCGAGGCCAGCUCGCCUCCUGCCUGCCCUUCCUGGACGCGGCCGAGGCCGCUAGCCAGCGCGGCGAGCCGGGCCUCAACUACUGCCGCGGGCUGUACUCGUGGUACUCCGGCAGCGGGUCUCAGGCCCUGCACCAGUUUAACGCGGCGCGGCGCGACCCGGAGUGGGGGCAGCAGGCGGUGCACAACAUGAUCGAGAUCUGCCUGGACGGCCAGGGCCAGGGCCAGCAGGCCGACGACGCCAUGGCGGCCGAGGACCGCGACGCCCGCCAGGCCGCCGUCGCCACCGCGGAGAGGCUCCUCGCCGAGCUGCGCGGCGCCGCGGGCGGGCCCGAGGAGGAGCUCAACAAGCGCCUGCUGGCCAACCAGCUGCUGCUCGCGGCGGGGGACAAGCGGAGCGUGGAGAAGGCAGUGCAGGACUUGACGGCGGUGGUGAGCAGCGAGACGGAGAACCACAGGGAGCCGGUGGGCGCCGUGCUGGGGCUGGCCCAGGCCCUGCUGCAGCAGAAGCAGACGCAGCGCGCGCGCAACCAGCUGAAGCGAGUGUCGCGCACGCCCUGGACCGUGGAGCAGGCCAGCCACCUGGAGAAGGCGUGGCUGCUGCUGGCCGAGCUGUACAUCCAGCAGGGCAAGCAGGAGCUGGCCGCGGACCUGCUGCGCCGCGUGCUGCAGCACAACCAGGGCUGCACCAAGGCCUACGAGAGCCUGGGCGUGAUGGCCGAGAAGGAGCAGACGUACCGAGAGGCGGCCACGCACUACGAGCGCGCCUGGAGCCUGGGGGCGUCCGACGCGGGCGGCACGGCGCGCUCCCACCCGGCCCUCGGCUACAAGCUCGCCUUCCAGUACAUGAAGUGCAAGCAGUACGCCGACGCCAUCGACGUGUGCCAGCAGGUGCUGGCCGCUCACCCAAGCUACCCGCGCAUCAGGAAGGACGUCCUGGAAAAGUCAAGGAACCACUUACGAACCUAGUUCGCCGGAAGUUAACGUUUAAAUUUGAAAAAAAAAAAGAAAAAAAACGUCACCUGUGAUAUUUUUUGCACUUUCUUCUUUUACUCUAUUGUGUUAUGUGCUUAUAUUUAUUAAACUCUUUAUUUUAGUGUGGUCA